CACACUCAUUUGCACAGCCAUGUUAUAAAUAAGGGACUGGAGUCGGGGCGGUAACUCGCGUUUCACUGGCGUUGAUACGGAAGAGAAAAUGCCUGAUCCUGCAAAAUCCGCUCCUGCGCCAAAGAAGGGCUCAAAGAAGGCCGUGACCAAAACUCAAAAGAAAGGAGGCAAAAAGCGUCGCAAGACCAGGAAGGAAAGCUAUGCUAUUUACGUGUACAAGGUGCUAAAGCAGGUGCACCCAGACACGGGGAUCUCCUCCAAGGCCAUGGGCAUCAUGAACUCUUUCGUCAACGACAUCUUUGAGCGCAUAGCCGGGGAGGCGUCGCGCCUGGCGCACUACAACAAGAGAUCCACCAUCACCUCCAGGGAGAUCCAGACUGCCGUGAGGCUGCUGCUGCCCGGGGAGCUGGCCAAACAUGCCGUGUCUGAGGGCACCAAGGCCGUGACCAAGUACACCAGCUCCAAAUAAACUGUGCUGAGUCUCUACACAGAGGAUAACCGUCACUAAAUCCCCACUAAGACUAUCUUAAACCCUCAUCCUUGGGUCCUCAUGUGUCGCGUGAAGGCUGCUUUGAUUCUUUUGCACCAUUGCCUGUUUUU